AAAAUAAUCAUUUGAAUAAUCAAUGAAGCCCUGCACUAGGAAUUGACAUUAGACAGUGUACAAUGUGUGUGUGUGUGUGUGUGUGUGUGUGUGUGUGUGAUGCUAUCACAUGAUGAGUAUGGCAAGAAAGAGAUGAAUGAGUAAACAGAAAUACACCAUUUUGAAGAUGCAUUUAUUCAGAGACUGGGUGUUUUUCCUGCAUUGCACACAGCACUGUCCCACCUGUGAUGCAGGAGCAGAUUGGACGGGAUGGUCAUAUGGUCGGAGAUCACGUGCAGGAGGCAGCUCAGUGCAAAAGAAAAUGGGGUUUUGUGUAAAUCUGGGGGCUUAAUGUUAUCAUAUAUCAAGCUACCUCGUAAAACCGACACUGAAGCCUACCGGACAACAAAUCACAGGUCAAAAAUAUGAGUUCUUCAUAUUAUGUGAAUGCUCUUUUCAGCAAAUAUGCGGCUGGGGCUUCUCUCUUCCAAAACACAGAGCCCACUUCUUGUUCCUUUGCUACCAACUCCCAGAGAAGCAGCUAUGGAGCCGGCACCGGUGCCUUUCCGCCAUCAAUGCCCAGCCUAUACAACAGUGCCCUCUAUCAGAACCCUUUCUCUGGAUACAGCCUGGGCUCAGAAGCUUACAACCUGCACUGCUCGUUUGAUCAGAACAUUCCGGUGAUCUGCAAUGACCUGGCCAAAGCCAGCUGUGACAAGGCGGAUGAAUCUACUCUGCACUCCCAGGCUGACAGUAAUUUCCGCAUAUACCCCUGGAUGAGGUCCUCAGGGCCCGACAGGAAGAGGGGUCGCCAGACAUACACUCGUUACCAGACCCUGGAGCUGGAGAAAGAAUUCCACUUUAACCGCUACCUAACCCGGAGGAGGAGGAUAGAGAUCGCCCAUGCUUUGUGCCUGACAGAGAGGCAGAUUAAAAUCUGGUUCCAGAACCGGAGGAUGAAAUGGAAAAAGGAGCAUAAAGAGGAGAGCGGCGGUACCUCUGAUGCUGGGGAGCAGACCCCUGCACCUACUACUCCUACUACCACUACUACUACACCCGAUGAGGACAAGGGGAAGGAGGGGGAAUAAUGUGUCUGCUGGGGUUGGGGGAAGGAGUGGGUAACCGGGGGCAACGUACUAACCAGGAUUUGCACGGGACAGUAAAAGAAAGCAACUUGGAAAAAAUCAUUUUGAAACUGUAUUUGAUGUCUUUUUGUAAAAGUUGAUAACCGAAAGAAGGCCAUUCAACGUCUUCAGCACAACGCCGACGAGGUGCAACCUAUAAGGACAACAAAAA